ACACAACAUAAUAGAACUCAUUUUCUCAUCUCAUCUUCUCUCCCAUCUCUUUGUACACCCAAAUAGUUUUUUUUAUAAGAAAAGAAGAAAAAAAAGUUGCCAAGUCCUAUUUGGGAACUGAGAUUGUUGUAUUUAAUUAGGAUAUUAAAUAUCUUCUGCUUUCGAUUGCAUGCCGGAUUCUCUCUUGAUCAAUUCCACACACAUACACACAUACAAAGAGAGAGAGAAAAGAGAGAGAUGUGUCUGAUAUAGUUGUGCAGAGUUGCUCAGACAAGCAAUCCAUGGCUUAGAUAGAUAAGAUAGCGACUUGGAAAAUAACACACCACCAUCAUCACCACCAUCAUCAUAUAUCCUCUCUUCACGAGAUUAAUUUUAGCUUUCUUUUUACCACAAAGAGAAUCUCCAAUUAUGCCUUUCUCUUUCUACAUGUUUUUGCCACCUCACUAGCUGCUAGCAUGCCCCCCUCUCCUCAAUAAGUUUUAGAAUUUUUUGCACUUGUUUUGCUUAUCGUCUUCUUGGUCUGUUCCAAGGUGCAAAAGUGACUUCUUGUGGAACCAAAAUAGCAUAUAGCUAGGAUUGGGAAAACAAACAAAUAAACCAAGACAAGAGAAUAUAACAUCGUAUCUCGCUUUUUUCUUCUUUUUUUUUUCAUUCCCAACCUGUUGGAGUUUUUCUUCAAAUUAAAGGCAAUAUGUUCCCCACUGCUAUUUCCUAUUCAACUUCUUUGUCUGAGGAUGCCAGUGUUUCUUCUGGUACAAAAGUUCAGGACUUGGGAGGACUCAAUCAUGGGGUCUCAAGCAUUUCUCCUCAGCAACAGCCUCAAAAGAUCAAGAAAAAGAGGAGCCUCCCUGGAAAUCCAGACCCAGAUGCUGAAGUGAUAGCCUUAUCUCCGAAGACCCUUAUGGCCACAAACAGAUUUGUUUGUGAGAUCUGUCACAAGGGUUUCCCGAGAGAUCAGAACCUGCAGCUACAUAAGAGGGGCCACAACCUCCCUUGGAAGCUGAAGCAAAGGAGCAGCAAAGAGGUGAAAAAGAAAGCAUACGUUUGCCCUGAACCUUCAUGCGUUCACCACAACCCCUCAAGGGCCCUGGGGGAUCUUACAGGAAUCAAGAAACACUUCUGCAGAAAGCAUGGAGAGAAGAAGUGGAAAUGUGAAAAGUGCUCAAAGAUAUACGCGGUUCAGUCAGAUUGGAAAGCUCACUCAAAAACCUGUGGUACUAGAGAAUAUAGAUGUGAUUGUGGAACACUUUUUUCCAGGAAGGACAGUUUCAUAACACAUAGGGCAUUCUGUGAUGCAUUGGCGGAAGAAAGUGCAAGACUAUCAGCAAAUCAAUUAGCCGCUGCAGCCGCCGCCACCGUCACCACCACAACAACAAACCCAUUCCAAUCUCUAUAUCUUUUCCAAACCCAACAACAGAACUUCCAAAACCACCAAAUGACCAGUUUCAACCAAUGGGACUCAUCUCAAGAAAACCCUAACCCUAGCAACAACAUUGCCACCACUUCCCUCCACAUCAAGCCAGAGUCUCAAAGCUUCCACAACCCCACCCUCUCUUCAUUUCUCCAACAGCAACAACAAGGGCAACAGCCCAACAACAACAACAGGGGCAUGAUAGCCUCACCAUUUGGGAACCUCCACGUGGCAGCAGCAGCACCUGCCACGUCAUCAUACAUGUCAGCCACUGCGCUGCUUCAGAAGGCUGCAACCGUUGGAGCCGCUGCCAUAACAGGCCCAGUACCUGUUGGGCCACAACAGCGCGUGAGGGGUCACGUGGCUCACCACCUCGGCGCAGGCGAGUUCGGAAUCGGUACAGUGAGUCAACUCGACCCGGUGGUGUUGGUGCCAGAUAACAACAACUACACGAGAACAAUGUUCAAGAGUAGUGACCGUCUCACAAGGGACUUUCUGGGUCUCACGGCAGAUGCUAACGGCGGCGCGGUUGACGUUAGCACCAACGUCAAGGAUAUGCUAGCGUUCACUGGGGCCGUAGAGUACCACCAAGUCCAACCGCACCGUCAACAUCAUCACCACCACGCGCUUCUGAAGCCCCAACAAGGCUUUGGUUUCCUUGGGACAACCACUGCCCCCGAGACGUGGUGGAAUUGUUAGACACAGACAGGAGAAUAAUUCCAAGUCACGAGGGUAAAAUAGGCAACACAACUUUGCCAUUACACUGACCCUUGACUCUUGAAUCGUCAAUCAUCAUCAAUCUGUUUUGGUUUUAACACCUCGUUAUAGAUUUUUUUUUUUCAAUCCGCUUUAGACUUCAGAUCUUAGUUUUGAUUGUUGUUCUCUCAAUUUAAAUCAAGUACAAUGCUUUAGUUCAGUUUUUUUUUAUUUGACUGAAUAUUAAUAUAUUUGGUGCUUUGUUGUCAUGAA